AAGUCUGUUCUCCUAGUUUGGGAUGAGCCUGUGUUAACAGCGCCCCUGGGUCGUGCCAGAGGCCUUCCACCUGCCAGUGCCCCCUUCCUUCCACGCCUGCCUCUGCCUAGGGAAAAAAUCAGGAGCCCCGUUUUCGUUGAAACAUGAAAAGCAGAUUCUUGUCAUGGACAAAGAAAGAGACUUAGAUUGCCAUGUUUGUGCAAGUGAUUAAGCCAAAAUAAGGAAAUAAGUCAUGUUCUUUAAAAGUGUAAUGUGUUAAACAAUAGAAUUUUUAAUUCGGGGUAAAAAAAAAUUCGUUAGACCUUAAACACUUUUAACAUAUGGUAUUUUAUCAUGCAUGAGAGGAUAAUUUUAAGCUUUAAAUAUUUUCUUUUGGUCAUAAUUUUUCAUAUGUUUAUACCUUUUUCCAGAAUGAGAUGCAUGUGCAAGCUGUUCUGAGAGACUAUAUGCUUUACUAAAGAUUGCUUGUCAGUGCUUUACCUUUCAUACUUACAUUCAGACCCUAUAGGAAACUUUCUAAUACAUUAAUUUAGCUAGAAUACAGAAUAGUGUUUCCCUUGCUUGGAAAGAUUCAGUUGUGUCAACAGGAAAGAUCACACCCGAAUUAUUAAACUUUAGACUGUUUUCUUGCUUUUAUUUUUUUUUUCAAGUGCUGGGCAUCAAACCCAGGGCCUCACGCAUUAGGCAAGAACUCAUCUAUGUUCCUAGAUCCUAAAUGUCUACUAAGGUCUCAGCAAAUUAUAAACCAAAUCAUGUGCUAAGGAAAGGGAUCCAUAUAUUGUCCAUGUAAGUAGAGAACAGUGUUUUGUUCACUGCAAAUUAAGAUUACCACAUUGAUUUUUGUACCUUGUGGACACUUACAUAGUCCCAUAGGUUGUGGGUCUUCUACUUGGAGUGGGUUCCAAAAGAGACAUUAAGUGUCCUGAAGUUUUGUGAUGUCGUUAACUCAGCAGAUGUUUUGGCACUGUGCUUUGCCGGUCCUUCUCCUGAGGCAUGAACGAUAAAGGCCAGCCUAAGAGCUGGGUGUGUAAGUACACACCCGUAUCCCUAUGCUCUGGGGGCUGAGGCAGGAGGAUAAGAGGUAGAAGCUAGCCUGGGCUACAAAGCAAGUCAAAAAUGAAAUUCUGUCCUGGGCAAUUAUUUCUAAGUGAGUCAACUAGUUCUUGAAAAAUUUUUAUGUCAAUAAUGGCCAAAGUAGAAUAAGGAUAAAUAAUGAGUAUGCUAAAUUGUGGUGCACAUUUCGCAUCCAGACUGUGCUGGGUGUUUUAAUGGUAUUAUUUGAUUCUCACAGUGAUCUUAAAGGUUGUUGUUAUUUUCCGUGUAGCUGAAACAGUUGAAGGCCCAGGUUGCACUGCUAUACAUGGUGAAACGGGAUGAGGAAACUGAGACACAGAUGAUUUGAACUAGGUACUAUCUUCUUGGUAGAACCAGGAGACACAGUUGGAGGGUUCCACUUCAGAAUCUAUACUCGUAACUGCUACACUGUACAGAUCCUUCAAUAAGCUCCAAAAGAUGAGUCGUGGGUAUCCAGAAAACAGUAAUUUCCUGAAUAAUAAUAACCAAAUGGUAUUGGAUAUGAUCCUUUAUCCAUUAAUUGGAAUCCCUCAGACCAUCAACUGGGAAACUGUGGCAAGGCUUGUGCCUGGAUUAACACCCAAAGAGUGUGCAAAACGGUUUGAUGAGCUGAAGAGCAGCGGAAGCUCACCUGUUGACAACCAGUAUAACCCCUUAAUGGUGGCUGGGGAAGGUCCUGUUGAGUCUUUAGCCACUUACAUUAAAUCUUCGCUUCUGGAAACACAAGCAGAUUUUCAAGAGACUCCAGUUGAUCAAGAUACAGUUUCCAAAGCAGGAAGACAUAGUAGAGCUUCCACAAGGAAUUGUUCUUCAGAAAGUGAGAAUUGUACCACUCGUAAUGCUGGCGAAAAGACUGAAGAAUCUGAAGGGCCAAACAUGGUGAUCCACGUGUGUGAUGAAGCAAAAAACUUGAAAGAAGAUUUUAUUUGCCCACGAGAUCUUUUGAUAUCAGAAAUGAAGUACUUUGCUGAAUACUUGUCUAUGGAUGCCCAGCGCUGGGAAGAGGUGGACAUUUCAGUUCAUUGUGAUGUUCACAUUUUCAACUGGUUGAUAAAAUAUGUUAAAAGGAACAUUAAGGAGAAUAAAGAUUGUGAGAUUCCCACUUUAGAGCCAGGAAAUGUCAUUUCAAUUCUUAUUUCUUCAGAGUUCUUGAAGAUGGAUUCAUUAGUUGAACAGUGUAUUCAAUAUUGCCACAGAAAUAUGAAUGCCAUAGUAGCUGCUCCGUGCAACAUGAACUGUAUCAAUGCAAACCUCCUUACACGCAUAGCUGAUCUGUUCACACACAACGAAAUUGAUGACCUAAAAGACAAAAAAGAUAAGUUUAGGAGUAAACUUUUUUGUAAGAAGAUUGAAAGACUGUUUGAUCCUGAGUACUUCAAUCCAGAUUCUCGAAACAAUGCAGCAACAUUAUAUAGAUGCUGUUUGUGUAAGAAACUUUUAACCAGAGAAACAGAAAGAAGAAUUCCUUGCAUCCCUGGAAAAAUCAAUGUGGAUCGACAUGGAAAUAUUGUCUACAUCCACAUAAGAGAUAAAACCUGGGAUGUACAUGAGUAUUUGAAUAGUCUUUUUGAAGAAUUAAAAUCUUGGAGAGAUGUAUACUGGCGCUUGUGGGGAACGAUCAACUGGCUGACUUGUUCAAGGUGUUACCAGGCUUUUCUCUGUAUUGAAUUCUCACAUUGUCAGUAUCACACAGAAAUGGUAGUUUAUUCCACCACAAUAAGUUCACUGAGCACUGUGGGCACUGGAAUUUAUCCCUGCUGUAACCAGAAGGUUCUUCGAUUUGAUCCCACUCAGCUCAAAAAGGGCUGUAAAGUGAGGGACCACAUGGUUAUUCUUCAUGAUCAAGGAGAAACUGAUGAUUUACUUUCUUGUCCAACUGCUAGAAUACUGGACGAUGUACACAAGCACAGAGAUGUCAUUGUUGUGCCUUUUUGUAAAGAUGCAGUGAGUGACCCUGGGCUUGGCUCCUGUGACGAAAAGGGCCUGGAAUAUGACGUUUUACUGGAACCAAAUACACCAUGGGGCCCCAAAACUGGGGAGCUCAAUGCUUUCCUGUCGUUGAAAAACUGGACUCUGCAGUUGAAACAGCAGUCAUUAUUUUCAGAAGAGGAAGAGUACACCACUGGGUCUGAAGUCACUGAAGACGAAGUCGGUGAUGAAGAAGAAGUGGCCAAGAAACAAAGGAAAAGGGAAAAGCCAAAGAAGUUUACUAAGCAACCAAAAAAGCAGCUGUCUUCACCCUGUUCUCAAAAGAAAGAAAAGGCGCUGGAGAAGUCAACUUCUAGAGAUGUGUCUCCUUUCGUUGUGAGCAUGCAGAAGAAUAAGUGGGAUGCCACAAGAUCCUUGAGAUUCAACCAGGAUGCACAAAGAGAAGAUGAUCAGCGGCGGAUGUCUGAAAUUACAGGGCAUCUAAUAAAAAUGAGAUUGGGUGACCUGGACCGAGUCAAGUCAAAGGAAUCAAAAGAAUUUGCAGGAGGUAUUUAUUCUAGGCUUGAAGCGCAAGUCAAAGCCUUGGCCACACCUGGCAGCGCCCGACAGAACAGCUCAGACAAAACCCCCAGGCCAACGAGAUGGCUCAGUGGGUAAAGGCUCCUGCCACCAAUCCUGAUGACCUGAGUUCCAUCCCUGAGACCCACAUAGUGGAAGGAAAGAACAGACUCCUGCAAGUUGUCCUCAGGCCUCUACUCUCGUGCCAUGGCAUACAUGCAUACAUGCAUACACUAAAUAAAAGUAUAAUAAAACAUUUAAAAAAUAAA